AUGCUUCACAAAUACGACAAAAUUGAAGACGCCAUGGCGGCGUGCGUCGCCCUCGAGUACCCGCUCAUCGUUACCCUGCACGACAAGCUGCCCACCUUUCUCAACAAUGCAGAAGAGGCGACCCGCGGCAGCGGUACCAGUGGUGUAGCGGGCGGACGCAGUCCUGCAUGCUCAACGUUCCCCUUUCUCCCUGCGUGGCACAACACGGUCAUGACUCAGUCCAGCAGCAGCUUCUUCGCCGAUGCUUCCGACUCGUGCGAAGCGUCGCACACAGCGCCCGACCUGGCCGCGGCCACGGCUAACUCCUCCCUCGGCUACCUCAUGAGGCCGGCGAACCUGACGGCAGCAGCCGCGGCGAACGCGUCAAUGAUGGCGCAGGCAAUCGCAGAUGGCGAAGAGCUCGCUCUUGUGCCGGACUUUCCGUUAGGCAGCGUACAAGGUGGUGCAGCACAGCGCGAGGCGCUGCUCGUCACCUUCCUCGAGAGCCGCCUCGGCUCAGUGACGUUGUUACACCUCAUCGAGGCAGGGACUCCGGAUUACGCUGCCUUCUCGACUGCUGUGCCGGCCGCUCCCGGCACUCCUGGCGCUGCACUGCCGCGUGUGCACAUCUUCUUCCCUCCGGCUGCCGGCAUGACGCCAGUGGUGCUGAGUGGGAGCUUGCUGACUCCACAAAGCGUGUACAACUGCGUGCAGAUAGGCCUGCUGAAGCCCAAAAUGCACGCCUCCCCAGCGACGCCCUCAGGCAGCCCUGAUGUGCUUCUCUCUUUCUUCUCAGCCACCGUGUCUGCUAUGAACCGCGAGUACCUGCGUGCUCGUCAGCGGGCGAAUCCUGCCUUAUCCACCUCUGACUUAAGCGCCGCCCCGCUACUUCAGCAGCGCCACAGCGACCCCUCAACCACGGCGAGGACAGCUGUAGAUGGCCAACAACCCGCCGCGACCACACCGAUCGUGGCGGCACCGGCGCAGCGCGCAAAAGGAGUGAGCAAUGUGGACGCAUUAGAAGCAGCUCACUUGAUUAGCAUUGCAGGGCUUCCUAUGUCCUUCACCACCUCUCCGAUGUCAAUCGCACCACACAAGACGAUUCUUACCACCCCGAGCAUGACGCUGCAGACGGUGUGGCGGGUAGUGGAAAAACACCUUGAGUGGGCGCAGCGUGAGAUACAACAGGCCCAGGCGGCGUCGACGUGGAACGGGGUCACCUCACCAAAACCUGGGGCAAAGUUCAGCUUUGCGAUCGAACCCCCAGCGACGUCAACAGAAGCGGUCGCGAUGACGGUAACGACGAUGGAGGAAGCUGCCAAGGUACGUCUGCAGGACUACCCACGCAACACAGUGGUGCAGGUCCACUUUGACGGCGUUGCGCCGCCACCGCCUGCUGUACCGGCACAAGUGGCCACAUCCGCCUCGCACCCUACCGAGUACGUGUGCGAGGAAGGCGUAUGCCGUCGGCGAGUUCCUGAAGGCAUGUCGGCGCGUGCGGCGGAUGCGGCAACAACGACACCACCGGCGCCAGAAGCGGAAUCGGCACACACUUCAUCCUCAGCUGCAGCGUCCGCGGUGCCCAGUGCAGACGUCUCCGUGAAGCUCCGCUGUUCGCUCCCCAACGGUAAGACGCUGGACUUGGCGCCGCUGGACCCGUCCGUGGCCACCCUCCGUGCUGACGUUCGACCUGCCGUGGCAGACGCUCUGGGCUAUGACAACUUCGUGUUUGUGGGCGCCUACCCACCGAGGCGGUACAGCACAGAGACCGAUGAGCUGCGGCCGCUGAAGGAGGUGGAGCUCGGUCGAUCCAGCGCCCUGCGCGUUGUGUCUCUCGACGGCCCUGCAUCACCCGAUGCAUCAAGCAAAGGGGCACAGCAGCAGCACCAGGAAGGACACGCACGGCCGAUGCUCUUCAGCGCUGCCUCUUCUCUGAUGGCCAUGUUUGCCGGUGCUCGUGGCAGCCAAGAUGGCGCACCAGCAGCAGCAGCCUCUUCACCCCCCGCCUCACGUCAGCCGCAGCGACAACAUUGUACGUACAACUCGAUGGCCGAGAUGCUGGCAGCGAACGAAGAAGCAGAGCGGCAGACAGCAAUGGAACGCCUUCGGCAAGAACAACAGCGACAGCCACCCGGAUCGUCGUCUUCGUCGCGCCAUCAGUCGGACUCUGAGCAACGAGCACAGGGCAAGAAGUCCAACCGCUACUUUGGCGGCGGUUCCACCGAGUUUAUCGCCGAGAAUGGGGACAACGAAGCCGGAAAUAACAACGAGGGCAGGCGUGCCACAAUGGAGGCCUUGACACCCGAGCAGCAAGAAGCCUUCCUGUGUGAGCAACUGCGGCAGAUCGUGAAUCGACAUCGGCGGCAGUCCGGAAAAGCAGGCGAUGAGGACGAAGAGGACGCCGAGGAAGGAGCGCAGGGAAGGGGGGAGGGUCAUCGUGCCUUUCAGGGCCCAGGGCGACGCUUGGCUGGGGACGCUCCAUCUGCGAGCGAUAGCUCUUCGAAGGCUGCCUCUCCUCACUCCCCGUCACCAUCCGACCCGACUCUGGCGCCGGGAACCAAGAAAAAUGAGUAG